AUGUACUCGAAAGGCAAGGGUUCGUCAGUGCCGUCGGACGCACAAGCCAGAGAAAGGUUAGCGCUUUAUGUUUACGAAUACCUAUUGCACACAGGCGCCUCCAAAGCGGCGCAAACGUUCCUCAGCGAGAUUCGCUGGGACAAAAACAUCACUCUUGGUGAGCCGCCCGGGUUCCUCAGCUCUUGGUGGUGCGUAUUUUGGGAUCUGUACUGCGCGGCGCCCGAACGCCGUGACAACUGCGAACAUUCCAGCGAAGCCAAAACAUUCCACGACUAUGGUUUCGUAAAUCCGACCAAUUACAACCCCGGUGGCGUCAAUGGCAUUGGACACAACACUGGACCGUCCCCAGGGCCGAUGGGCCCGAUGCCACCCAACAAUUCAAUCCCUCCCGGACCCGGAAUGCCUCCAAGUUUUUUCAACAACUCAAACAUGAGACCGUCACCCACUCAUCCUGUAUCACAAUCAAGCCCUCAUCCGCCACCCAAUGCUCCCCACAAUCAAAUGAUGAAUCAGCCUUUCAUGGGCCCUAGGUAUCCUGGUGGACCUCGGCCCGGUGUAAGAAUGCCACCUCAUAUGCCUAAUGAUUUUAAUAGCCCAAACCAACCCAUGAUGAAUAAUAUGGAUAUUAUGCGUCCUGGACCGCCAGUAAUGAAUCCUAGAAUGAAUCUAUCGCGGGGUGGCUAUGGACCUCCAAUGCGAGGAAUGCCUCCUGGUAAUGUUAUGGGCCCCGGCCCUGGCCCUGGAAUGCAUCCUGGCAUGGGCAUGGGUCCAGUUGGUCGACCUCAAUGGACACCGGGUAAUCCAAAUCAUCCGAUGGGUUAUUCAUCUUCAUCACCUGGAAAUUACCCUCAAGGCCCCCCCGGUCCUGGUACACCAUUGAUGGCGAGUCCUCAAGAUUCAAACUCUGGUGGUGAAAAUAUGUACACAAUGAUGAAAUCUGUACCUGGCGGUAGUAUGCCAGGUGAAUUUUCAAUGGGAAAUCCUGACUCUGCAGGACCAUUAGGUCCAAUGGGACCAAAUUCAAUGGGACCUGUAAUGAAUGGUGAUGGUAUUGAAGGUAUAAAACGAUCUCCACCUGAUGGGCCGAGCACACCAAGAGAUGAUAGUGGUAGCGGUAUGGGUGAUUAUAACCUAGGAGGAUAUGGCGGACCUGUGGACAACGAUCAAAAUGAAUCUGCGGCAAUAUUGAAAAUUAAAGAAAGUAUGCAGGAAGAAGCAAAAAGGUUUGAAAAAGAUUCUGACCACCCAGAGUAUUACAUACCAUAA